AUGACUAAUGGUGGAGUUACUAUUCAUCGAUUCGACACUGCCGAGCCAUAUAAUUGCUCGAAUGGUAUCAAAUGGAUAGAGCGGAUAUUCUCGGAUUGUGUAGAUACAGAAUUAAAGCUACUUGGCUUCAUAAUUGGAAUUAUAUCUUUGCUAUUAUGGCUAGUUCCUUUGUUUCCGCAACUUCUUCAAAACUACAAAACGAAGAAAUGUGACGGUCUUUCUCUAGUGUUUUUAUUCUUUUGGCUUGCCGGAGACACUUGUAACAUGUUAGGCGCCAUUUUAACUAACCAAACACCUAUUCAAAAGAUUAUUGGUGUCUAUUAUAUUUUUCAAGAUUUAACAUUAUGGGCACAGUAUGGAUACUAUACGAAGAUAUAUCCUACCCUUGGAAGCCAACGAAGUUCCACCAUUGUUGUACCGUGCUUAGCCCUGACGUCAUUUGGAUCUCUUUGUGUGCUUUCCAGUGACAGACGAACACGCGCUGUACGAUCAGCACCUGGUGCAGGCUUAGUGGAAAAUCUCUCCUUAGACCAUAUGUUGAAGAUGUGGCCUAUAUUCGAAAGUUAUUCUGAUAUGGCCGGCUAUAUUAUUGGAUCUAUAGCAGCGCUAUGUUAUUUUGGAGGGCGCAUACCUCAGAUCAUCAAGAACUACCAAAGAAAGAGUUGUGAAGGUCUUUCGCUGUUAAUGUUCUACAUUAUUGUGGCUGCUAAUACAACUUAUGGAAUAUCUGUACUCUUGGCGACGACCGAUUGGCUGUUUUUCGUGAGGUAA